AUGUUGGUGCUCCAAUUCUCGGGGGCGCUUGGAAAGGGAACCAGGAAGACUAAGACCCCGGACUCAUGGUACAAAGAUCUGGCAACCUAUGGCAUUCCUAUGAACCUUGUGAAGACAGCAUUACAAACCAGAUUGUUGACUUUUCUUUGUCCAAAGGAGAUGUACUCGAGCGACCCCUCCGUUUUCAAACAUAUCAUUGACAUUGUGGUGGAUGACUGGAAGCAGCUUGAGGAUUCCGGCAUUGAGAUUCCUGCCUAUGGCACUGUGUUUCCGAUCGUUCUUGGCAACAAAGGCGACUGGAGUUACCUUGUUACAUCGGCAAAUUUGGAGAGGUCAUACCGCCGAGCUCCCAAAGGUCGUGAACAAGCAAAGAAAUACAUGGACAACCCUCCUGGGAUUUGUCACCUGUGUAUGGGGGGAACCAAAGAAGGUGACUGGGAAGACCUGACGCUUAGUGCAGGAAGUAUUACAUUUUAA